GCCACCAUGGGGCUGCCGCUAGCCCACCUGGCGGCUGUGUGCCUGGCCCUGUCCUUGGCCAGGGGCUCAGAGCCCCAGCGAGAGGGCAGAGCACGCAGCCACAGCCACAACGUCUGCAGCACCUGGGGCGACUUCCACUACAAGACCUUCGAUGGCGACAUUUUCCGAUUCCCUGGCCUCUGUGACUAUAACUUUGCCUCCGACUGCAGGGACUCCUAUAAGGAGUUCUCUGUGCACCUGAAGCGGGGCCUGGACCAAGGUGGGGGCCACCCCCAGGUCGAGUCUGUCCUGCUGACCAUCAAGGAUGACAUCAUCUACCUCACCCGCCAGCUGGCCGUGGUGAACGGGGCCAUGGUCAGCACCCCUCACUACAGCCCUGGACUGCUCAUCGAGAAGAGCGAUGCCUACACCAAGGUCUACUCCCGUACCGGUGUUACCCUCAUGUGGAACCGGGAGGACUCGCUCAUGCUGGAGCUGGACAGUAAAUUCCAGAACCAUACCUGUGGCCUGUGCGGGGACUACAAUGGCCUGCAGAGCUAUUCUGAAUUCCUCUCGGAUGGCGUGCGCUUCAGCACCCUAGAAUUUGGGAACAUGCAGAAGAUCGACAAGCCCGGGGAGACGUGUGAGGACCCCAUAGAGGCACCGGCACCCACGUCCUGCGCUGAGCACCGUGCUGAAUGUGAGAGACUGCUGACUGCUGAGGCUUUCGAGGCCUGCCAGGACCUGGUGCCACUGGAGCUGUAUGUGCGUGCCUGCAUGCAGGACCACUGCCAGUGCUCUGCUGGUGACACCUGCAUCUGCAGCACCAUCGCCGAGUUCUCACGCCAGUGCUCACACGCUGGUGGCCGGCCUGAGAACUGGAGGACCCCCACGCUGUGCCCCAAGAGCUGCCCUGGGAACAUGGUCCACCUGGAGAGUGGCUCACCCUGCAUGGACACCUGCUCACACCUGCAGGGCAGCAGCCUGUGUGAGGAGCACCGCAUGGACGGCUGUUUCUGCCCAGAAGGCACUGUGUAUGAUGACAUCGCCGGCAGCGGCUGCAUCCCUGUGAGCCAGUGCCACUGCAAGCUGCAUGGGCACUUGUAUGCGCCAGGCCAGGAGAUCACUGACAACUGCGAGCAAUGUGUCUGCAAUGCUGGCCGCUGGGUGUGCCAAGACCUGCCGUGCCCUGGGACCUGUGCCCUGGAAGGCGGUGCCCACAUCACCACCUUCGAUGGGAAGAAGUACACCUUCCACGGGGAUUGCUACUACAUCCUGACCAAGGGUGGCCACAACGAUUCCUUCGCCCUUCUUGGGGAGCUGGCGCCCUGCGGCUCCACAGACAAGCAGACCUGCCUGAAGACGGUGGUGCUGCUGGCUGACAGCAAGAAGAACGUGGUGGCCUUUGGGUCUGACGGCAGCGUGCUGCUUAAUGAGCUGCGGGCAAGCCUGCCCCAUGUGACUGCGAGCUUCUCCAUCUUCCAACCGUCCUCCCACCACAUCGUCGUGGACACGGCCUUCGGCCUCCGGCUGCAGGUUCAGUUAGCCCCAGUCAUGCAGCUCUUCGUGACACUGGACCAGGCUGCCCAGGGGCAGGUGCAAGGCCUCUGUGGAAACUUCAAUGGUCUGGAAACCGAUGACUUCAAGACUGCCAGUGGACUGGUGGAGGCCACGGGCGCCGGCUUCGCCAAUACCUGGAAGGCCCAGUCGAGCUGCCAGGACAAGGUGGACUGGCUGGAUGACCCCUGUUCCCUCAGCGUGGAGAGUGCCAACUAUGCUGAGCACUGGUGCUCCCUCCUGAAGAAGACAGAGACGCCCUUCAGCAGGUGCCACUUGGCCGUGGACCCCACAGAGUAUUACAAGAGGUGCAAAUAUGACACAUGCAACUGUCAGAACAAUGAAGACUGCCUGUGCGCAGCCCUGUCCUCCUACGCACGUGCCUGUGCCUCCAAGGGUGUCAUGCUGUGGGGCUGGAGGGAGCGCGUCUGCAACAAGGACGUGGGCUCCUGCCCCAGCUCACAGGUCUUCCUGUACAACCUGACUGCCUGCCAGCAGACCUGUCGCGCCCUCUCUGAGGCUGACACCCACUGCCUCCAGGGUUUUGCGCCCGUGGACGGCUGUGGCUGCCCCGACCAUACCUUCAUGGAUGAGAAGGGCCGUUGUGUGCCCCUGGCCAAAUGCUCUUGCUACCACCGUGGUCUUUACCUGGAGGCGGGGGACGUGGUCCUGAGGCAGGAUGAGCGAUGCGUUUGCCAGAACGGGAGGCUGCAUUGCAGGCAGGUCAAGCUGAUCGGCCAGAGCUGUGUAGCCCCAAAGAUCCACAUUGACUGCAACAACCUGACUGCAUUGGCCAUCGUGAAACCCCGCCCUGUCAGUUGCCAGACGCUGGCCACUGGCUACCACCGCACUGAGUGUGUGAGCGGCUGCGUGUGUCCUGACGGGUUGCUGGAUGAUGGCCGAGGUGGCUGCGUGGUGGAGGAGGAGUGCCCCUGCGUCCACAACAGAGACCUGUACUCCCCUGGGGACAAGGUACAGGUGGAUUGUAACAACUGCACCUGCCAGAAAGGACGCUGGGUGUGCACCCAGUCCCUGUGCCACGGCACCUGCUCCAUCUAUGGAAAUGGCCACUACAUCACCUUUGACGGGAAACACUAUGACUUUGAUGGACACUGCUCCUACGUGGCUGUUCAGGACUACUGCGGUCAGAAUUCCUCCAUGGGCUCAUUCAGCAUCAUCACUGAGAACGUCCCCUGUGGCACCACAGGCGUUACCUGCUCCAAGGCCAUCAAGAUCUUCAUGGGGAGGACAGAGCUGAAGUUGGAAGACAGACACCGUAUGGUGAUCCAACGUGACGAGGGCCACCAUGUGGCCUACACCACACGGGAGGUGGGCCAGUACCUGGUGGUUGAGGCCAGCAUCGGCGUCAUCGUCAUCUGGGACAAGAGGACCACUGUCUUUGUUAAGCUGGCUCCAUCCUACAAGGGCAAAGUGUGUGGCCUGUGCGGGAACUUCGACCACCGCUCCAGUAACGACUUCACCACACGGGACCACAUGGUGGUGAGCAGUGAACUAGACUUUGGCAACAGCUGGAAAGAGGCCUCCACCUGCCCGGAUGUGAGCGCCAACCCUGAGCCCUGCAGCCUGAACCCACACCGCCGCGCCUGGGCAGAGAAGCAGUGCAGCAUCCUCAAGAGCAUCGUGUUCCAGGCCUGCCAUGGCAAGGUGGACCCCACGCCCUUCUAUGAGGCCUGUGUACAUGACUCGUGCUCCUGCGACACUGGUGGGGACUGUGAGUGCUUCUGCUCCGCCGUGGCCUCCUACGCACAGGAGUGUACCAAAGAGGAGGCCUGUGUGUUCUGGAGGACCCCAGACUUGUGCCCCAUAUUCUGUGACUACUACAACCCUCCGCAUGAGUGUGAGUGGCACUAUGAACCCUGUGGGAAUCGCAGCUUCGAGACCUGCAGGACGGUCAAUGGCAUCCACUCCAACAUCUCCGUGUCCUACCUGGAGGGCUGCUACCCCCACUGCCCUGAGGACAGGCCCAUCUACGAUGAGGACCUGAAGAAGUGUGUCUCUGAGGACAAGUGUGGCUGCUACUUGGAGGACACUCACUACCCACCUGGAGCACAAGUCCCCACUGAGGACAUCUGCUCAUCCUGUGUGUGUACCACUUCUUCCCAAGUCGUCUGCCAGCCUGAGGAAGGAAAGCUUCUCAACCUGACCCAGGAUGGUGUGUUCUGCUACUGGGAGACCUGCGGCCCUAAUGGGACAGUGGAGAAGCACUUCAACAUUUGUGCCACCACCACACCACGCCUGUCCACCCCGACAAUCUCCACCACACACACCCCCAGCAGCACCACCUUCACCACCACCACCAUCACCCCGACCCCCAGCACAGUUCUAUCAACAACUCAGAAGCUCUGCUGCUUCUGGUCUGACUGGAUCAACCAGGAUCACCCGGACAGCGGCAGUGAUGGCGGUGACCAGGAGACAUUUGAGGGUGUCUGCAGCGCUCCUGACGACAUUGAGUGCAGGUCGGCCACAGAACCACAUCUCAGCUGGGAGGAGCUGGGGCAGAAAGUCCAGUGCAACGUCUCAUUUGGCUUCGUUUGCAAGAAUGAAGACCAGUUUGGCAAUGGACCAUUCGGACUCUGUUAUGACUAUGAGAUACGUGUCAGCUGCUGUGAGCCCAUGGAUAAGUGUCCCACGAGCACCCCCAUCCCUCCAUCAACCACCACCCCCAUCCCUUCAUCAACCACCACCCCCAUCCCUCCAUCAACCACCACCCCCAUCCCUCCAACAACCACCACCCCCAUCCCUCCAUCAACCAGCACACCCAUCCCUCCAACAACCACCACCGCCAUCCCUCCAUCAACCACCACCCCCAUCCCUCCAACAACCACAACCCCCAUCCCUCCAACAACCACCACCCCCAUCCCUCCAUCAACCACCACGCCCAUCCCUCCAACAACCACCACUACCAUCCCUCCAUCAACCACCACCCCCGUCCCUCCAACAACCACCACGCCCGUCCCUCCAUCAACCACCACACCCAUCCCUCCAACAACCACCACUCCCAUCCCUCCAUCAACCACCACGCCCAUCUCUCCAUCAACCAGCACACCCAUCCCUCCAUCAACCACCACCCCCAUCCCUACAAAAUCCACCACACCAUGUGUAUCUUACUGCAGAUGGACUGGGUGGCUGGAUUCCGGGAAGCCUGACUUUUCCAAACCAGGUGGAGACAUGGAAUUGAUUGGAGAUGUCUGUGCACCAGGCUGGGCAGCUAACAUCUCCUGCAGAGCCAGCAUGUACCCCAAUUUUACAAUCCAACAGCUUGGGCAGACGGUGGUGUGUGAUGUUUCAGUGGGGCUGGUGUGCAAAAAUGAAGACCAAAGGCCUGGUGGGCCCAUUCCCAUGCCCUAUUGUCUCAACUACGAGAUCAAGGUGUACUGCUGUGAAUGUGCCAUGACCAGCUUCUCAACCACAACCACAACAUCUGGCACCACCACUACCGGGACACCAACCACGACACCUGCCACCACCACCACCGAAAUCCCAACUACGACGCCUGGCACCACCACCACUGGGACCCCAACCACGACACCUACCACCACUGCCCCAGGGACCCCAACCACGACCCCAGGCACCACCACCACGGGGACCGCAACCACAACACCUGGCACCACCACGGAGACCCCAACCACGACACCUGGCACCACCACCACGGGGACCCCAACACCUACCACUACCACAACAGAGAUCCCAACCACGACACCUGGAACCACCACCCCAGGGACCCCAACCACAACCCCUGGAACCACCACUACUGGGACACCAACCACGACAUCUGGCACCACCACGGAGACCCCAACCACGACACCUGGCACCACCACCACGGGGACCGCAACACCUACCACUACCACAACAGAGAUCCCAACCACGACACCUGGAACCACCACCCCAGGGACCCCAACCACAACCCCUGGAACCACCACUACUGGGACACCAACCACAACACCUGGCACCACCACGGAGACUCCAACCACGACACCUGGCACCACCACCACGGGGACCCCAACACCUACCAUCACCACAACAGAGAUCCCAACCACAACGCCUGGAACCACCACUACUGGGACCCCAACCACGACACCUGGGACCACAACCCCAAGGACCCCAACCACGACUUCUGGCACCACCACUACGGGAACACCAACCACGACACCUGGCACCACCACGGAAACCCCAACCACGACACCUGGCACCACCACCACGGGGACCCCAACACCUACCACUACCACAACAGAGAUCCCAACCACGACGCCUGGAACCACCACCCCAGGGACCCCAACCACAACCCCUGGAACCACCACUACUGGGACACCAACCACAACACCUGGCACCACCACGGAGACUCCAACCACGACACCUGGCACCACCACCACGGGGACCCCAACACCUACCAUCACCACAACAGAGAUCCCAACCACAACGCCUGGAACCACCACUACUGGGACCCCAACCACGACACCUGGGACCACAACCCCAAGGACCCCAACCACGACUUCUGGCACCACCACUACGGGGACACCAACCACGACACCUGGCACCACCACGGAAACCCCAACCACGACACCUGGCACCACCACCACGGGGACCCCAACACCUACCACUACCACAACAGAGAUCCCAACCACGACGCCUGGAACCACCACCCCAGGGACCCCAACCACAACCCCUGGAACCACCACUACUGGGACACCAACCACGACAUCUGGCACCACCACGGAGACCCCAACCACGACACCUAGCACCACCACCACGGGGACCGCAACACCUACCACUACCACAACAGAGAUCCCAACCACGACACCUGGAACCACCACCCCAGGGACCCCAACCACAACCCCUGGAACCACCACUACUGGGACCCCAACCACAACACCUGGGACCACAACCCCAAGGACCUCAACCACGACUUCUGGCACCACCACUACUGGGAGACGAACCACGACACCUGGCACCACCACAGAAAUCCCAACCACAACGGGUGCCACCACCACCACAGAGAUUAUAUGCACAGGAUGUGGUACCACCACCACAGAGAUCCCAACUACAACACCUGGCACCAGCACUACUGGGACCCCAACCACAACUCCUGGCACUACCACAGGGACCUCAACCACAACUCCUGGCACCACCACCACAGGGACCCUAACCCCAACACCUGGCACCACCACCACAGGGACCCCAACCACGACACCUGGCACCACCACCACAGGGACACCAACCACGACAUCUGGUAGCACCACCACAGGGACACCAACCACGACAUCUGGCAGCACCACCACAGGGAAACCAACCACGACAUCUGGUAGCACCACCACAGGGACACCAACCCCAACACCUGGCACCACCACCACAGGGACCCCAACCACGACACCUGGCACCACCACCACAGGGACACCAACCACGACUCCUGGCACCACCACCACAGGGACAACAACCACGACCUCUGGCACCACCACCACAGGGACACCAACCCCAACACCUGGCACCACCACCACAGGGACCCCAACCACGACACCUGGCACCACCACCACAGGGACACCAAACACAACACCUGGCACCACCACAGAAAUCCCAACCACAACGGGUGCCACCACCACCACAGAGAUUAUAUGCACAGGAUGUGGUACCACCACCACAGAGAUCCCAACUACAACACCUGGUACCAGCACUACUGGGACCCCAACCACAACUCCUGGCACUACCACAGGGACCCCAACCACGACUCCUGGCACCACCACCACAGGGACACCAACCACGACACCUGGCACCACCACCACAGGGACCCCAACCACGACUCCUGGCACCACCACCACAGGGACACCAACCACGACCUCUGGCACCACCACCACAGGGACCCCAACCACGACACCUGGCACCACCACCACAGGGACACCAACCACGACAUCUGGUAGCACCACUACAGGGACCCCAACCACGACACCUGGCACCACCACCACAGGGACCCCAACUACAACCCCUGGCACCACCACAGGGACACCAACCACGACUCCUGGCACCACCACCACAGGGACACCAACCACGACCUCUGGCACCACCACCACAGGGACCCCAACCCCGACACCUGGCACCACCACCACAGGGACCCCAACCACGACAUCUGGUAGCACCACCACAGGGACCCCAACUACAACCCCUGGCACCACCACAGAGAUCCCAACCACAACUCCUGGAACCACCACCACUGGGACCCCAACCCCAAUACCUACUACUACCACAACAGAGAUUCCAACCCCAACACCUGGCACCACCACCACAGGGACCCCAACCCCAACACCUGGCACCACCACCACAGGGACACCAACCACGACACCUGGCACCACCACCACAGGGACCCCAACCACAACACCUGGCACCACCACCACAGGGACCCCAACCACGACUCCUGGCACCACCACCACAGGGACCCCAACCACGACUCCUGGCACCACCACCACAGGGACACCAACCCCGACACCUGGUACCACCACCACAGGGACACCAACCCCAACACCUGGCACCACCACCACAGGGACACCAACCACGACACCUGGCACCACCACCACAGGGACACCAACCACGACCUCUGGCACCACCACCACAGGGACCCCAACUACGACCCCUGGCACCAACACAGGGACACCAACCACGACUCCUGGCUCCACCACCACUGGGACCCCAACUACAACCCCUGGCACCACCACAGAGAUCCCAACCACAACUCCUGGCACCACCACCACAAGGACACCAACCCCAACACCUGGCACCACCACCACAGGGACCCCAACCACGACACCUGGCACCACCACCACAGGGACACCAACCACGACCUCUGGCACCACCACCACUGGGACACCAACCCCAACACCUGGCAUCACCACCACAGGGACCCCAACCCCGACACCUGGCACCACCACCACAGGGACCCCAACCACGACAUCUGGUAGCACCACCACAGGGACCCCAACUACAACCCCUGGCACCACCACAGAGAUCCCAACCACAACUCCUGGAACCACCACCACUGGGACCCCAACCCCAACACCUACUACUACCACAACAGAGAUUCCAACUCCAACACAUGGCACCACCACCACAGGGACACCAACCCCAACACCUGGCACCACCACCACAGGGACUCCAACCCCAACACCUGGCACCACCACCACAGGGAACCCAACUACAACCCCUGGCACCACAACAGAGAUCCCAACCACAACUCCUGGAACCACCACCACUGGGACCCCAACCCCAACACCUAUUACUACCACAACAGAGAUUCCAACCCCAAAACCUGGCACCACCACCACAGGGACCCCAACCCCAACACCUGGCACCACCACCACAGGGACCCCAACCACGACACCUGGCACCACCACCACAGGGACACCAACCCCCACACCUGGCACCACCACCUCAGGGACCCUAACCCCAACACCUGGCACCACCACCACAGGGACCCCAACCACGACACCUGGCACCACCACCACAGGGACCCUAACCACGACACCUGGCACCACUACCACAGGGACCCCAACCACGACUCCUGGCACCACCACCACAGGGACCCCAACUCCAACACCUGGCACCACCACCACAGGGACCCCAACCACGACACCUGGCACCACCACCACAGGGACACCAACCCCGACACCUGGCACCACCACCACAGGGACCCCAACCACGACACCUGGCACCACCACCACAGGGACACCAACCACGACACCUGGUAGCACCACCACAGGGACCCCAACCAUGACACCUGGCACCACCACCACAGGGACACCAACCACGACUCCUGGCACCACCACCACAGGGACAACAACCACGACCUCUGGCACCACCACCACAGGGACACCAACCACGACUCCUGGCACCACCACCACAGGGACAACAACCACGACCUCUGGCAUCACCACCACAGGGACCCCAACCCCGACACCUGGCACCACCACCACAGGGACCCCAACCACGACACCUGGCACCACCACCACAGGGACCCCAACUACAACCCCUGGCACCACCACAGAGAUCCCAACCACAACUCCUGGAACCACCACCACUGGGACCCCAACCCCAAUACCUACUACUACCACAACAGAGAUUCCAACCCCAACACCUGGCACCACCACCACAGGGACCCCAACCCCAACACCUGGCACCACCACCACAGGGACACCAACCACGACACCUGGCACCACCACCACAGGGACCCCAACCACAACACCUGGCACCACCACCACAGGGACCCCAACCACGACUCCUGGCACCACCACCACAGGGACCCCAACCACGACUCCUGGCACCACCACCACAGGGACACCAACCCCGACACCUGGUACCACCACCACAGGGACACCAACCCCGACACCUGGCACCACCACCACAGGGACACCAACCACGACACCUGGCACCACCACCACAGGGACACCAACCACGACCUCUGGCACCACCACCACAGGGACCCCAACCACGACACCUGGCACCACCACAGGGACACCAACCACGACUCCUGGCACCACCACCACUGGGACCCCAACUACAACCCCUGGCACCACCACAGAGAUCCCAACCACGACUCCUGGCACCACCACCACAGGGACACCAACCCCAACACCUGGCACCACCACCACAGGGACACCAACCACGACACCUGGCACCACCACCACAGGGACCCCAACUACAACCCCUGGCACCACCACAGAGAUCUCAACCACAACUCCUGGAACCACCACCACUGGGACCCCAACCCCAACACCUAUUACUACCACAACAGAGAUUCCAACCCCAACACCUGGCACCACCACCACAGGGACCCCAACCCCAACACCUGGCACCACCACCACAGGGACCCCAACCAUGACACCUGGCACCACCACCACAGGGACACCAACCCCAACACCUGGCACCACCACCUCAGGGACCCCAACCCCAACACCUGGCACCACCACCACAGGGACCCCAACCACGACACCUGGCACCACCACCACAGGGACCCUAACCACAACACCUGGCACCACCACCACAGGGACCCCAACCACGACUCCUGGCACCACCACCACAGGGACCCCAACUCCAACACCUGGCACCACCACCACAGGGACCCCAACCACGACACCUGGCACCACCACCACAGGGACACCAACCCCGACACCUGGCAUCACCACCACAGGGACCCCAACCCCGAAACCUGGCACCACCACCACAGGGACCCCAACCACGACACCUGGCACCACCACCACAGCGACACCAACCACGACACCCGGUAGCACCACCACAGGGACACCAACCACGACACCUGGUAGCACCACCACAGGGACCCCAACCACGACACCUGGCACCACCACCACAGGGACCCCAACCACGACUCCUGGCACCACCACCACAGGGACCCCAACUCCGACACCUGGCACCACCACCACAGGGACCCCAACCCCGACACCUGGCACCACCACCACAGGGACCCCAACCACAACACCUGGCACCACCACCACAGGUACACCAACCACGACACCCGGUAGCACCACCACAGGGACACCAACCACGACACCCGGUAGCACCACCACAGGGACACCAACCACGACACCUGGUAGCACCACCACAGGGACACCAACCACGACACCUGGUAGCACCACCACAGGGACACCAAUCACGACACCUGGUAGCACCACCACAGGGACACCAACCACGACAUCUGGUAGCACCACCACAGGGACACCAACCACGACAUCUGGUAGCACCACCACAGGGACACCAACCACGACUCCUGGCACCACCACCACAGGGACCCCAACCACGACACCUGGCACCAGCACAGCACGCCCAGGUACCCCCACCCACGGAACUACGACUGGGUCACCUCCACCUGCCUCUGGGUCAACAACCCCUAUGGAGACUCCCACCCAGACAGUCCGCCCAUCGACCACGACCUCCAGCACCUCAGCCUCCACGGUGCCCACUCCCACGCAGACGCCAAUCCCCUCCCCCAGCAUCACUGUGAACACUGGCCCUUCGGUCAGCUCCUCCACCCAGGUCUGGUGCUGCAUGCUGAAUGGCACCUACUAUGGGCCAGGCGAUCUGGUAUACAAUGGCACACACGGAGACACCUGCUAUUACGUGAACUGCUCACUCCAGUGUGACCUUGAGUUCUACAACUGGUCAUGCCCAUCCACACCCUCUCCAGCACCCACGCCCUCCAAGCCAACGCCCACAGCCACGCCCUCCAAGCCAACACCCUCCCCAACACCUAGCACUCUGUCCACCCCUAAGCCUCCUGGGUGCCCUGACUUCGAUCCUCCCAGACAGGUGAAUGAGACAUGGUGGCUGUGCGAGUGCUUCAUGGCCACCUGCAUUCAAGACAACUUGGUGGAGGUGGUGAAGGUGGAGUGCAAGCCCCCACCCAUGCCCACGUGCUCCAAUGGCCUCAAGCCUGUGCGUGUCAUGGACCCUGAUGGCUGUUGCUGGCACUGGGAGUGUGACUGCUAUUGCACGGGCUGGGGGGACCCACACUACGUCACCUUCGAUGGGCUCUACUACAGCUACCAGGGCAACUGCACCUACGUGCUGGUAGAGGAGGUCACCCCCACUGUGGACAACUUUGGGGUCUACAUCGACAACUACCACUGUGAUGUCAAUGACAAGGUGUCCUGCCCCCGCACCCUCAUUGUGCGCCAUGAGACCCAGGAGGUGCAGAUCAAGACCACGCGGUUGGCGCCCCCGCAGGUGCAGGUGCAGGUCAACAGGCAGGUAGUGGCGCUGCCCUACAGGAAGUACGGGCUGCAGGUGUACGCAUCGGGCAUCAGCUACGUAGUGGACAUCCCUGAGCUGGACGUCCUGGUCUCCUAUGAUGGCCUGGCCUUCUCUAUCAGGCUGCCCUUCCAGCGGUUUGGCAAUAACACCAAGGGCCAGUGUGGCACCUGCACCAACAACACCUCGGACGACUGCACUCUGCCCAGCGGAGAGGUUGUCUCCAGCUGCGAGGUUGCAGCUGACCACUGGGUGGUGAAUGAUCCCUCCAAGCCGCACUGUCCCCACAGCAGCUCCACAACCAAGCCCCCUGCUGUCACUGUGCCAGGGGGCAGCAAGCCGACCCUACCGGAGCACUGCACUGUGUCUCCUCUCUGCCAGCUCAUCAAAGACAGUGUGUUCGCCCCCUGCCACGAUCUCGUGCCUCCCCAGCACUACCACGAUGCCUGCGUGUUUGACAGCUGCUUUGUGCCUGGUGUGGGCAUGGAGUGUGCCAGUCUGCAGAGCUAUGCGGCCCUCUGUGCCCGACAGGGCAUCUGCAUUGACUGGCGGAACCACACCCAUGGGGUCUGCACGAUGGAGUGCCCGUCCCAUAGGGAGUACCAGGCCUGCGGACCCGCAGAAGAGCCCACAUGCAAGUCCAGCUCCUCCCAGCAGAACAGCACCAGCCUGGUGGAAGGCUGCUUCUGCCCCAAGGGCACCACGAGCUAUGCCCCAGGCUUUGACGUCUGUGUGGAGAUCUGUGGCUGUGUGGGACCUGACAACAUACCCCGAGAGUUUGGGGAGCGCUUUGAGUUCGACUGCAAGGACUGCGUCUGCCUAGAGGGUGGCAGCGGCAUCCUCUGCCAGCCCCGGCAGUGCAGUGAGCAGGCCCCCACCCACUGCGUGGAAGACGGCACCUUCCUUGUCACCGAGGUCAACCCUGCUGACACCUGCUGCAACAUCACCACCUGCAAGUGCAACACCAGCCUGUGCCAGGAGGCGCCGCCCUCGUGCCCACUGGGAUUUGAAGUGCGGAGCAAGACAGUGCCUGGGAGGUGCUGCCCUGCGUACUCCUGCGAGCCCAAGGGUGUGUGUGUUCACAAGAACGCCGAGUACCAGCCCGGUUCUCCAGUUUAUUCCUCCAAGUGCGAGGACUGCCUGUGCACCAGGCACGUGGACAACAGCACCCUCCUGAACAUCAUCGCCUGUGUCCAUGUGCCCUGUAACACCACCUGCGACCUCGGCUUUGAGUUGGUGGAGGCCCCUGGAGAGUGCUGCCAGAAGUGUGAGCAGACACACUGCAUCAUCCGCCCGCCCCGCGGCGAGCACAUCAUCCUCAAGCCCGGGGACAUAAAGACCCACCCCGAGAACAACUGCACAUUCUUCAGCUGUGUGAAGAUCCACAACCAGCUCAUCUCAUCCAUCUCCAACAUCACCUGCCCCCCCUUCGACCCCAGCACUUGCAUCCCGGGAUCCAUCACAUUCAUGCCCAACGGCUGCUGCAGGACCUGCAUCUCUCGCAAUGAGACCAGGAUCCCCUGCUCCACCAUCCCUGUCACCAGGGAAAUCUCCCACGCUGGCUGCACCCAGAUAGUCACCAUGAACGAUUGCUCUGGGUCGUGUGGAACAUCUGUCAUGUACUCUGCCGAGGCCCAGUCCCUGGACCACAGGUGCUCCUGCUGUAAGGAGAAGAAGACAAGCCAGCGCGAGGUGGCCCUGCGCUGCCCCGACGGCAGCUCGCUGAGCCACACCUACACCCACAUCGAUAGCUGCCUGUGCCAGGACACUGUCUGUGGGCUCCCGCGGGCCCAGGAAGGCACCCACAGCCGUGCCCGGCGCUCCCUGCGGCAUGUGGGGCGGAAGUAGGCAUGGUUGGCUAGCCCCUUCCUGCUGACAUGGAGCUUCCUCUCCUCCUGGCUAGAGAUAUUUAUUUUCUGAAUCUGUCUCCAUUCUUUGCUUUCCAAUAAUAAACUCAGGCAGACAUGC